ACUCAUCAAGGAGAGAGAGAGGUAUUUGGCAGAGGAGGAAAGACUCUAAUUCUAAUAGAGGUAUAGUACGUUGCCUGCUUUCAGACAAUUAAAACCACUCCAUAACCUAUUACGCACCGACAUGUCUCCUUUCCCCUUCCUUUAUUAGCCUCUCAUCCUUCUCUCUUUCACUUUGUUCUUUAAUAAAAUUACAAAAAAGAAAGAAAAAAACAUCUUCCUCGGGAUCUCCUCAAGAAAAUGUUGGACUACGAAUGGGACAACACCUCCGCCAUAAUGGGAUCCGGAGAAGAACGACACCAUCACCAGGACCUUGACACAACCCGAGCCUUGUCCAUUUUCGACCCGACCCAAACCAAUCAUCAUCAGUCCCCUUACAACAACUUUUCUCCACCGCUGUUUUCUAACCAACAACAUUUGACCGUCGUAUAUGGUCAUCAGACCGCUCAUAAUAUCCCAACAAACCAGUUUCAUCACUCCUUCUACGACCCUAAUCCUUACGCCUCCAGCUCAUCCGAUUCCAUCUACCAUGCUCACUCUUCUGCUUCAGCCUUGUUCUCUUUCGACCAAAGUGGACCAGCAGGAUCCGGAUCUUCUUACAACUUCCUCGUACCCAAGACGGAAGUGGACGUCGUCUCCCGGUCGCUCGAUUUCAGCACGUCAAACAGGAUAGGCCUGAAUCUGGGAGGACGCACUUACUUCUCGGCCGGAGACGACGAUUUCGUGAGCAGGCUGUACAGGAGGUCUCGACCCGGCGAACUGCUGGGAAUGGGGAACUCGCUGAGCACUACUCUUACUCCACGGUGCCAAGCGGAGAGAUGCAACGCCGAUCUGAGCCACGCCAAACACUACCACCGCCGCCACAAAGUGUGCGAAUUCCACUCAAAAGCUUCGACGGUUGUGGCUGCGGGGCUCAGCCAGCGCUUUUGUCAGCAAUGUAGCAGGUUCCAUUUGCUGUCGGAAUUCGACAACGGGAAACGGAGCUGCCGUAAGCGACUUGCUGACCAUAACCGCCGCCGCCGCAAAUGUCACCAGUCAGCCUCCACCAGCGGCAAACACAUUCCGGAUAUUAUCACCACUCCAAAGUCAGCAAACGAUUCGGGUGUAAAGUCGUCGUCAGCGUCUCCAUCCAACGCGCCGACCCCAAUUUCUUUGGAAUGUUUCCGGCAGAGGCAGUUCCAAACCACACCGUCCUCUUCCACGUCCGCAAUAUGGGGUAGCUUAGCUCCUGCGUAUAAUCUUUAAGGUCGUCCUUGUUGUUGGAGAUUGAUAGUUAUUUGGUCGUGUUACCUUUCCUACUUUCAAUUGUUUUAAAUGUGUGUUUGACUUAAUUAUUAUAUUAACCUCGUUCAAUCGAUUGGUCGAUUAAACUAUUCCUUUUUAUUCAAAUUACAUUAUUAGAAUGAA